CCGGACUCGGCGGUUGCCUAGAAACGGCCGCUAGCCACCCUCCCUCCCCUGUUUAACUCGCCGCCUCCGACUGCGCGAAGAGUAUUUCCGGUUCCGGCUGCGGGCCGCAGAAGACAUGGCGGUGUCUGCGUCGGUAGCUGCAGGGGAUGAGGACUGGGUCCUUCCCUCUGAAGUUGAAGUGUUAGAGUCUAUCUACUUGGACGAACUACAGGUGGUUAAAGGAAAUGGCAGGUCAUCACCAUGGGAAAUCUACAUCACCCUGCACCCUGCCACUGCAGAGGACCAGGAUUCCCAGUAUGUCUGCUUCACUUUGGUGCUUCAGGUUCCAACACAGUAUCCCCAUGAGGUGCCACAGAUCUCUAUCCGUAACCCCCGAGGACUCUCAGAUGAACAGAUCCACAAGAUCUCACAGGCGCUGAGUCACGUGGCUGAGGCUGGACUGGGUACUGCCAUGCUCUAUGAACUCAUCGAGAAAGGGAAGGAAAUUCUCACAGAUAACAACAUCCCCCAUGGCCAGUGCGUCAUCUGCCUCUAUGGUUUCCAGGAGAAGGAGGCCUUUACCAAAACACCCUGUUACCACUACUUCCACUGCCACUGCCUGGCCCGGUACAUCCAGCACAUGGAGCAUGAGCUGCAGGCCCAGGGACGGGAGCGAGAGCAGGAACGGCAGCACGCCGCACCCGAACAGAAGGCCGUUGGUGUGCAGUGCCCAGUGUGCAGAGAGCCACUCGUGUACGAUCUUGCCUCCCUGAAAGCAGCCCCUGAACCCCAGCAGCCCAUGGAGCUGUACCAGCCUGAUGCAGAGAGCUUGCGCCAGCAAGAAGAGCGCAAGAGGCUGUACCAGAGACAGCAGGAGAGGGGGGGCAUCAUCGACCUUGAGGCUGAGCGUAACCGGUAUUUCAUCAGCCUUCAGCAGCCUCCUGCCCCUUUGGAACCCGAGUCAGCUAUAGAUGUCUCCAGAGGAUCCCACCAGCCCAGCGCCCUUGCCACCGAACCAUCCACCACAUCAGCUACUCACACUGCCCUGUCAGCUUCUCUGCCUCUGGCCUCCCAGUACACAUGUGAGAAGACUCCAGGGGCUGGGCCACAUCUGCCAAAGCUGGGCGAGACCCAGAAAGCUGUGCUCGAUCCCCGCCGGGCCAGUCGAGGCCCAUGGAGACAGCCUGAACGGAGGCACCUGAAAGGAGGGGAGUGCAAUACCCUCAAAGGUACCAGUGACACCCAGGAACUGCAGUCUCCUGAGGGGCCCCUCAAGGAGUCCAUGGACCUAAAGCCAGAGUCUCAUAACCAAGGGGGUAAAGGUUCUCCCCAAGAUAAGGGGCCUGGCGAAUGGCAGGGUCCCCCACCCCGCAGGACUCGGGACUGUGCCCACUGGGAACGCACCAAGAGUUGGACACCAGCUUCUUCCUAUCCCCGCCUGCCUCGGGGUCGGGGAGCCUACCGGCCUGGUCCUCGAAGAGAACCUGUGAGCCUCGAGUCAGAGGAUGGUUCCUAGCAGUACUGUGGGGGGACAGGGAAUUGGGUCGGGAAUGGGUAAUAAAGAGAUUGGCCUUGUUUGGCUUUCCUUACUCA